AUGUGUUUCCCGGAGUUCCGCCCCGCCACCGCCUUCCCCUCCCUGCCCCCGCCGCGUCCGUACGCUGCGGCGGUGCCCGACGAGGGGACGGCGCCGCCGCCACCGUCGCGGGAGGCGGAGGGUGGGUGCAUCUGUUCGCCGACGAGCCACCCCGGGUCAUUCCGUUGCCGGAAGCACCGAAGGGGUUACAAGUGGGUCGGCCGGCGGAGGUCGUAA